CUGAACUGACAUUUUAUUUGAAUCUUGACAAUUGUUCCGAUUUACUUAUUUUCAAACUCAUAGUAAUCUAUUAGCACAAGAUAACUAUGCGUAACGUAGAAAUAAAAGCGAAAGUAAACGAUUUCGACAAAAUAUGCAAAAUAGCUGAAGAACUUAGCGGUGCACCGCCGACUAUUAUUCAUCAAAAUGAUACAUUUUAUAAAGUGAAUACUGGACGUCUGAAAUUGAGGGUAUACGCAGAUGAAUCUGCAACUCUCGUGAGAUACGAUCGUGAUGAUGAACAAGGACCAAAAUUGUCCAAUUAUGAUCUGUUAGGGUUCUCGCUGAACGAAAGUUCUAAAAUUAAAACCCUCGAUGAUAUUAUGAAAAAAUGUUUGGGUAUACGCGGUAAAGUUGUUAAAGAACGGAGAUUAUACAUGGUGGAUCAGACUCGGAUCCAUAUAGAUAAAGUCGAUAAUCUUGGUAACUUCAUGGAAUUAGAAGUGGUGCUUCGUCCAGAACAGACAUUAGAAGACGGGCAAGCUAUUGCUAAAGAUCUACAAUCAAAGCUUUGUGUUAAAGAUGAGGAUUUAAUUGAUUGUGCCUAUGUUGAUUUAUUAGAUAAGAAAUAGAAUUGUUAUUGUUUAAAUAUAUAUUUUGUAAGGAGUAAAGGUUUUCUAUUAAUUA